CAGAGGUCUAUUUUGUAAUCGGGAGGUUCAUUUUGCAAUCAGUUGCGUUUUUCGAUUCGACUGGUGAAGUCCAGCAUUGAGAUAUCUAUGCUUGCCGGACUUCCGGUGUUAGGUCGCUUUGUGCUUCUAUCUGAUCAUUCUGAAGAAGUUGUUUCUACUAGACCAGCUUUUUCAGUGCCGCUGGCUGGAAAACGAAGACGCAGGAAGACUGUGAACAGCGAACUAUAUUUAUGCUUGCUAUCUAGCAGUUCGGCACCAGUUUAGCAAAGAAGGAUAUAGAAUGUCGACGUAUGAUCCGGAUAGUUUGUUGGCCCCGAAGCGGCAGCGCCUGCGCCGCGAGAACGAGGGCGCCAACCUUCCGAAGUAUUUGGAGAAGUUUUCCGAGAAGGGCUCCGUGCCCUGGUUCGGGACUUUACAGACGGAGGAGGACCGGCGGGACUACAUCGAAAACGACUGCAUGGCCGAGAACGCCAAGUUCUUGAGCCGCAUGAAGAUCCGGUCCGGCAGCUACGGCAUCACCUGCGGAUUUUUGGAGACGCUCCUCGACGACCAAAACCACGUUUCCGGGGAUUUUCGUCAGGACUUUCGCAACGCGACCACCGUCGACGACAUGCUCAACCUCCUGGCACACUGGCCAAAAGACGACGAGGUGGCACUCAAGCUCACCAAGGAAGAAAUUAUCGAAGUACAUUUUUUUUUAUCAUCUUCAUGUUCAAAUAUUCUCGAUCUCGUCCCGAGAGUUGUUUUCAUCUAGUAGUUGCAGAGGAAAUCUGAUCUUCCAUCAUGAUCAUAUUUUUUCAAUUAUCACUUUGAAAUUGGAGGAGUUUUCGUAUCAAUCUCCAUGAGCAUUAUGCCAAAAAUGCGACAUCUAAAAACAGCGUUCGCAGAAGUACUGCAACAGCAAAAUGGAGGCAGACCCCGACCAAGAUCGGAUGUUCGGCGCGUGGGCCGCGAUGAUGAACAUGUGCGAGAAGAAGGGGCUCUUUCUGCGCGGGCGACGGGGGCGGGAGCACGAGUUCUCUCUUUCCAUUCCCGGACGCAUUUUCCUGGCCCAGUUCCGCCAGAAGCACCCGGAGUUUCUCGACACUGCGCAGGAGUUUAUCGAGCACAACGAGUCCGACUUGUCCGACGAAGAAGAGGAGGAAGAGGACGAAGAGGCUGACCGCGCGACCGAAUGCUUCAACCGCGACCAGGGUUUUCUGCACCGAUUGCGCGACAUGAUUCUGAAGCGAAAGGCGAUGACGCUGGCGGAGUUUGACAACGUCGAGGACGAGGGAAUGGAAGGCGCUGACCCAGAUCUCGACGUCAACAUGAGGAUCAAGCGCGAACCAGGAGAAGCGGAUGGAGUUUCGGAGGACGGAGGAAGCGAGGACGAGGAUGGUAACAAAAAGGAGAAAAAGCCGCGCGAGAUCAAAACCGCGCUGGAUGUGUACAAGCUCAUGAGUCGGCCAGCGCAGCAGAGGGUGCGAAUCUUGCGAAAAAUCUUGAUGCUCAAGGGCAACGAAGCGCAGAAACGCAUGUGCGACUGUAUCAAGGAGAAGAAGCCGUGGCACGUCCUCGACCACGACUUUUCACUGGUCGAAAUGAAUGUUUCUCUCCGCUUAGAAAGUGAAGUCGCGCACAGGAUAGAGGACGAUCAUGACGAAGAAGAAUUCUGCUGA